GCAGACAAGACAUCUGCACCAGCUGACGCGGCCGAGGGCCUCAGUGCCGCGGACAUCUUCGCGACGCUGAGCGGCGAAACUGCAGAGGCGGAUCACGCCGAGACUUUGGAAUUCGACGUGGAUGGACAGGAUGACGAUGAAAGCGAGCCAGGCGCAGAGGCGUCGGCUCGACUAAUCAGCGCGCUGAAUGCGCUCUCCAAGGAGCCCGUGGGGAGUGUCGAGACGAAGCGCCGCGAGGCCGUCCCCGAGAAUGAGUUCCAUGUCCCGCCGGUGGGUGAGGUCUCCAUCGAGGACCUCAUGGCACCUUUGCAGGAUGAAGCUCGCUUCACCCGAGAGGUCAAGGAGCUGAAGGCCUUGUCACAGCGUGAGGGCUUGCCCGAGCCGGCGUCGGAGGCGGCGCGGAGCCGCGAGGAGCGGUCGAUUCAGUACAGGAAGACCUCCAAGGACGUGGAGAAGUGGUUUCCACAGGUCCACCGCAUGAACCGGGCGGAGCAGGUCGUCUUGGACUCUGAGCCUGCCGUGCUCCAGAGCACGACGGAGAUCGUCGGUGCAACUGCAGGGCACUGUCCGUCGGCAUAUGAUGGUGAGCUAGAGGCCCUACUACAUGCUCAAGCAAUCGGCAUCUCGGCGUCAACAAGCGAAUGCCAUUUCGGAUCUGACUGCCAAUCGGCCCUGGCUGCAGCCUUUGGUUUCUGUAGCUUUAAGGCCGGGUCACAGCUGCCGGCUGCAGCAAUAGGUUUGGCGGCUACCCUUACGGCACAAGGCAAGCAGCUUCUGCUCCACAAGAUCGAGGCGCACAGCGGCUGUGCUUUCAACUCGCUUGCGGAUGAAAUUGCCAAGCAUGCAGGCACAACAGGCCAAUCCCUUCCGGAUUCAGCAGACUGGAGCUCCUUACAGGCUGCGGUGACGGAGGCGGUGCUAGAGCGGGCCUGGCUUGCAACUCCCGACUCUAUCUUUGCUGCCACGCUGCCCCCGUUGCAAGGUGAUGGCACCUGGUCCAAACCCAAUGCCGAGGUGCGCAGCUCUGCGCCCAACCUGCUCCCCCCCUACCUAUGUAAGGUCACAGGCGAGGUGCAGACGGUCGCCCUGGACUUGAGGCUCCUCACGUACAACGCUCUUUCAGUGCGAGGGGCAACAGCCCGUGCCCUGAUUUGCACGGGCUUACGCAAGCACCGGAUCGAUUUGGCAGGCCUGCAGGAGACCCGGGACCGAGCUGAUGGCAUUUCUAGCUGCGAAGAAUUCUGGGUCCUCGCUGCUCCCUGUGACAAGGGGGGGCACUUCGGGGUUCAACUUUGGUUACGAAAAGCAGCAGGUUGGGACCGCACUAGCUUUGCCAUCGUACAUGCCGACCCCCGGGUCCUAAUUGUCGUCUGCACCAUCCGGGGUGUCAAGCUCGUUUUGGUGUGUGCACACGCGCCCACCUCUGUCACGGGUGAUGAAGCCAUCGGAAGCUGGUGGUCCCACUUAACGAGACUUCUAGCUAAAGUCCCCAAAGUCUGCGCGCCGCUUCUCUUCAUCGAUGCCAAUGCGCGCUUCGAGCCGCACUCCUCCCACAGGCAUACUUUGGAUGCGGCGCCGAGCAAUUUUAACGCGACUUGCCUGCGGCAAUUCGCGGUCGACAUGGGACUUCAUCUCAGUGCACAACAAGAUGAGCAGGGUCGACCCCUACACUCCUGGCGCAGUCCAAAAGGCACCACUAGCCUGAUUGACUAUGUCGGCUGCCCAAUCGAUUGGAAGAACGGCCACUCCACCAUAGGUAACGUGGAUCUGGCAGAUCUCCACGCAGACUGGGACCACCUCCCAAUCCACACCCGCCUGCGUGCACAUAUAGAGACCACGGUUCCUUCCAGCCGCACCAAGAUUGCUCCGAAAGACCUUCAAACUGAGGAGGGGCAAAUCAGGGCAAUACAUGCAGUCACUUCGGCUCCCCUUGUGCCAUGGACUGACACGUGCACUACUCAUGUAGAGACCCUACAGAGCUCGAUGAUUCGCUCUAUGCAGGACGUUCAGCAUACGGCCCAGCCCGCAGCACGCAACCCAGCGAUCUCACAGGCCACCCUCGGGUUAAUACGGUUGCGCAGACACAUGCGGCGCUGCCUCAGGACUGUCAACCGCAGAUCGGACAUGGGCUUCUUGCAUUUGUGCCUGCAGGCGUGGAAGCAUGGCACCCACCCUCCACAGGAGUUCUAUAAAGAGGCCAAAACUGCCCGACUUAACAUGGCGCGCAGCUACCACGGGCUGGCUGUCGUUGACAAGCAGCUCCGGCAGGCAAUGAUGAACGAUCGGGCCCAGUUCGCCAGGGUCGCCAGGCGCCAGAUCGAACAGUCCCGACAGGCGGGCCCGGCGGAGUUCGCCCAUCGCAUGCGCGCCAUCCUGCGCACGGGGCGCAAAUUCCGGCCCCCUCCCCUACUCCCGGCACUGACUAAGGAGCCCGAGGCACCAUGCCUGGCUGACGAUGUCAAGGAUACCUUUGCCAAGCACUUCGCCAUUGCCGAGCGCGCUGUUGAAACUGAGGUACAAGGUCUUAACACGGAGGUCAGUGUCGCCUGCCCCGGUAACAGGCACGACGGGACAGCUGUGCCCUCCAUAGCCGCACUGACGAAUGGCUUCGCUUCGCUCAAGCGUUCCAAGGCGGCUGGGCUGUCAGGUCUGCCUUCCGAAGCCUUUCUUGGCGCGCCCCUGACAGCGGCGUUGCGCUACUGGCCCGCGAUUGCCAAAGAGCUCCUCCGGGACCGCACGGCAAUUCACUAG